AUGACAAGUAACACUGUAAAAGCUGAUGAAAAUAGAAGUAAGCGUAGAAAGGAGAUGGAGAAUGAAGCUUCAGAAAGUCCUCAGUUGUCCUCCCUGGAAAGACCAGACUUGGCUCUUUCUGAAAGCUUACAGUCACUUUACAAACCUGAAGCACUGGAAAAGGUUUUAAAUGAUAUGAACAAGGAAAUUAAUAACCUGUUGUCAAAAUAUGCCCAUAUUUUAAGUGAGAGAGCGGCAAUGGAUGCUUCUUAUGUACAAGAGCUUGAAGGAAUCUUGAAAGAAGCGAGGAUCAUAGAAAAUCACUUGAAGCAGAAAAGAGAGAGUCUGAGACACAGAUUCACAGUCAUUGCAAACACCCUGCAAAGCUAA